AUGAAUACAGACGAUACUUCACAUGAAAAAGAUGGUAUUGUCGAAUGGACUGAAGAAGAGAUUCAAAUAUUAAAUAAUAAUUUAAAAAAUUUUCCAGAAGAAGAUUAUUCUGAAUUUAAAAGAUUAACAUUAUUAUUAACAAAAUUACCUAGAAAACGAUUACGAGAUGUAUCUGCUCGGCUAGACUAUUACAAACAAUUACAAAAUAAUCCAACACUAACAUGGAAAGAUUUCUGUUGUGAACAUAAACUAAAUAAACAAAAAAGAGUGGAAGCAUAUUCACCUCGUUCUUCUUCAAGUGAAAAUGAUGAUAGUCAAUUAAAAAGAAAAAGAGGUAGAAGUCGUUCUAAAUCUAAAGAAAAACAAAGUAGAGAUUCAAGAGAAAAUUCUUCUUUAGGAAGUGUUGGAGACAGUCCUUAUACUUCUCCUCUCCAUAACAAAGAUUUGUUAUUUACUCCUCAAGUUAGUCCCGAAGGAACAAUUAAAUCUGAACUAACUCAACAAACAUUAACUCGUUCAAAAUCUGGAAUAAAUGUUCCUCGUACUAAACAAUCUUUACCAAUUAAAAUGAGUGAAUGCAUUCAAGAAAAUAAACGAACAACUGAUAUUAAUGACAAUAAAUUUAAAAAAAUUUCUGUAUUUAUCCCUCAAUCUCCCCAAUUACCUUUUAACCCGUCUUUAUUCCAAUUUCGUUUUACUUCUGUUCCUUCAACUCAUCUUGACUCUCUUAAUUCAUUGUUAUUAAAAAAUGAAAGAGUUAUUGACCAUUUAAUUGAAUAUGAACUACAAACUUCUCAAAUAGAUCUUGGUUCUGUUCAAGACUUUUCUUCUACUACUAAAGCCAUAUUAGAUAUUACUGAACAAAUGGUUCAUCCACUUGCUCUACCAGUUGUGUUCAAUGCUCCAAUAUCUAUGAGAGAAAUUCAAUCCCAUUUGAAUGAAUUAGGGAUGAACUAUUAA